AUGGCUCUCGGAUUGCACUGCUCAUUCCAUGCGCUUACUGGCCGUGGCCUGGAGCAGUUCGUUCCCAAGAAUUCUGGUCCAGAACGAGAAUCACUUGGAAGGGCUUCAGUCACCGGGUUUGACUUACCUCCAUGGGAUGAGAGGCCCUGUGCGAAAUCUUGCCACGAUGAGGAGGCAGCAGGCUUCAAGAUGAUGAAUUUCUUAGCUGGGCCUUGCCAGUUAAGAUGCUACCCAGAGCCCGAAGGAAGCCACCCGCAGUGGAACGAUUACCUUCGAAGUGUGGACCAGGCAGGACUGAAGCCUGUGCUUCUGAAAGCAACACUUCUUUGCAAUUGGACCAGAGGACCUUUCUCAAAAGGCACUCACCAGACCCGACUUUCUGAUGCUGCUACUGACUUGAUGAAUCGAAAAGGGCACGAUGAUGAAUUCAUGAAUGUGCUCACUGAAAUGACGGCGGUGGAUCGUGGAUUUAGCCCAGAUUCCGAUUUUCGCCUUACACCAGAUGAAUGGCUUCGCGUUUGCAGCAAGCGCAUUCCCAAGGCACGAGGAAAAGCUUGGUUCGGCAUAGCCGAAUCAUUUUCCCAGCUUGAAAGGAGCUGGUCCAUUCUGUCGGAAACAGUCCGCCACAUCAAGACCUUGCAUGCCCUUUUGAAAGACCUCAGUGCAGCUGACGCCGAUGACGACGCAAUGAUUCCUGCCCCAGCUCCUGCUCCUCCACCCGAUCCUGACGAUGCACGGGAGCUCUCAGCCACACAGAAAGCCUUCAACGCCUUGAGGAGCAGGUACAAAUCGACAUAUGAUUUUGUGAUUGCUCUGUAUGGAGAGCCUCGUCUCCAACUUCAGGUGAGGAUGAUGAUUGACGCCACCCUUGAUCUUCACGAAGAAUACAGUGCACACUUGGAAGCGCAAAAGGAAGGGACUCAUGGAAUGCUACGAUGGUGUGCAGAGCGAGCCUGUGGGAACUGGUAUCAGACCAUUGUCAAAAUGAUCAAUCGAAUGACGGGGCCAGACACUGCUGAGCGGCUGAAGAUGACAACACCUUCACCUUUCAGAGUUUUCCAGCCCGAUGAUCCUGUGCUCGAGGAGGAAUCGAAGCUGGCCAAGCAGUACGUCAAGCUGGUGAUGACGCUGGCAGCAAACCGGGCUUGGUCACAAGUCCAUUUUGGGCUGGUCUUUCCCUACUGCUUAGCCCGAAUCAUGUCUCCAAAUCAGGACGACAAGAGGAGGGCACAGGUCCUACUCAGGAGCCUCACCGAUGCGAUCUUGAAGCUGGAAGAUAGAACAAAAGUUGCCCAUCAGAAGUCGCCUCUUCAUCGUUUGCUGUGCGACCUUGGAACUACAGAAUGGGUGGUCACCCGUGAAAUCUUUGUGCAAGGGAUCCGGGUGGACUGGUGUUACAAUGAUGUGGAACUUCGCAAGAUGGCUUUUUCGUUGUCUGCAGGUCCCUCCACAACGAAGUAUUGCUUGGAGAAUGUCAUCAGCACCGUGAAAGAUUGCGGACAACGCGUCCAAAAAAACACGAGGAACAUGUCCAUGCAUACGAAGUGGAUGUAUGCAGGGACAUCGCACUAUGCACCAGCUGGUGGUGUCGAGCAACUCCAGGUUGACAGAGACGACCUGCUCAAGACUUGUCUUCAAAAAGGGGUGGAGCAAAAAUUUGUUCAGGGCAAGUGGUUGGCCGAGGCCAAGGCAAGUUUCAAAGAUGUUUUCCCCACGCCAGAAGACAUUCUGCAUGAGACCAGGAAGGCAGGCUACCUUGCAAACAAGCGAGCUGCCUCUGCUGCGGCCUUCGUUUUGCAUGACUCACGCAAUGAUUUUUCCAAUGUCAGCAAGGCAUGGACAGGAUGUCUUCUCAUGGCACACGAGUUCUAUUAUCAGGGUCCUCCGAACGAGAAAGUGAUCUACUCACUUGGCUUCAAAGAUUGGAUGGUGCAAGCACUUCCUGUCACUCAGUACAGAGUGGGUGGCCAGGUGUUUGUCCAGAGCGGACCCCGUGAACGUGCUUUGACAGCUUCACUUUUGGCAGGGUACUUUUUCACACAGUCCGAAAUUACUCAGAUCAUGAGUGCUGUAGGCAUUCUGCGCCCUUCUGCUGGUUCGGGGAAAAACGGGUCUGUCCUGAAGAAGGAUCUAGUUAGAGCUUUGGUCAAGCAUAUUCUCCGUGACAGGAAUGAUCUCACAGACGAGCAAAUUCAAGAAAUCAUUGACAAGAUUUCGGGGGAUUCCAAGCGAAAAAAAAACGAAGAAGCAACGCCCGACUUGAUGCAGGCAGUUAGCUGUUUGGACCCCCAAGAUCAAGCAGAGUUUGAACCAUUGGUGAAAAGUUGCAUUGACGAGUUGGAGGAGGAACACAAAUCUGAAAUGUCAAAACGGAAACCGGCAGAGAAAGAAAAAGAGAAAGAAAAAAACCUGGAAGUUGACAAUGACAAGCCUGAAAAAGGAGCUGAUGAUGAGGUUCCAAAAGACAAAGCGGAAGAUUCAAAAAAACGAAAAACAAUGGAACCAGACAAGUUGAAACCUUCCUUAGAGAAGGCAAUGGAGACACCCUUGCCAGCACACCUCAGGAAAGCACCAGAGAACAAGCAACCUAGAGCCCAGCAAAAAGGCAGGAAACCUACACCGGAUGCCUUGAAAAGGUUGCUUCCAGACAUCGAACAGAUGUAUCUGUCAUGGACUCCGGAGAACAGGAUGGUGAGCGUUGACUUUCAAGGCUCCCUGCAGCCCAAAGAGUUUUACAAUAUGUUUUUUUUUGACGUCACGGCUUUUUUCACUGAGGAGCAACCAUCAACUUGA